UAGGACUUAAACCAUGACUUCUGUUGUGUAUACUUUUGCGCUCAUUAGCGUAAUAGCAAGUGCUGUUGCAGCUUUGCCGGCGGAAAACUACUUAAAUAUUGCAUCAGGGAAAAAUUGCUCGAAAAGUAGUUUUCUUAGUAGUCGCAUAAUUGACGGGAGGGUCGCACCAAAUGGAAGUUUCCCAUACAUGGCGUCCCUUCGCAAGAAGGAGACAGGAAAACACUUUUGCGGAGGUUCAAUCAUUAACGACCGAUGGAUUUUGACAGCAGCUCAUUGUAUUGCUGGUCAAUCUGCUUACAUCAACUACAAAGCAUACUUUGCAUAG